AUGGUGAAUCUGGAGCCCAUGCACACAGAGAUCAAGAUGAGUGGGGAUGUCGCAGAUUCAACUGAUGCCCGCAGCACUUUUAGCCAGGUGGAGUCAGGAAAUGACCGAAAUGGCCUCGAUUUCAACAGACAGAUUAAGACAGAGGAUCUGGGUGACUCUCUACAGCAGACCCUUUCCCACAGGCCAUGCCACCUGAGCCAAGGGCCUGCCAUGAUGCCUGGAAACCAAAUGUCCGGGGUAGGUGCCAGCCUGUGCCAGGACAUGGCUUCUCUCCAUCCACUUCAACAGCUUGUGCUGGUCCCUGGCCACUUACAAUCUGUAUCCCAGUUUCUGCUUUCCCAGACGCCACCUGGGCAGCAAGGUCUGCAGCCGAAUCUUCUCUCCUUUCCACAGCAACAAAGCACUCUCCUCCUCCCACAGACGGGGCCUGGCCUCGCCUCCCAGGCAGUUGGGCGCCCUGGGCUGUCAGGAUCCUCUUUAGAGCCCCAUCUGGAAGCACCUCAGCAUCUGCCAGUGCCCAAGCAUCUACCUGGCCCUGGAGGGACUGACGAGCCCAGUGACCUGGAGGAGCUGGAGAAGUUUGCCAAGACCUUCAAGCAGAGACGCAUUAAGCUGGGCUUCACACAGGGAGAUGUGGGAUUGGCGAUGGGAAAGCUGUAUGGCAAUGACUUCAGCCAGACUACCAUCUCACGAUUCGAGGCCCUCAAUCUGAGCUUCAAGAACAUGUGUAAACUCAAACCACUGCUGGAGAAGUGGCUGAAUGAUGCAGAGUCCUCCCCAUCAGACCCUUCAGCAAACACACCCAGCUCCUACCCCACUCUCGGCGAAGUGUUUGGCCGGAAGAGGAAGAAACGGACCAGCAUCGAGACCAAUAUCCGCCUGACGCUGGAGAAGCGAUUUCAGGAUAACCCUAAACCCAGCUCAGAAGAGAUUUCCAUGAUUGCAGAGCAGUUGUCCAUGGAGAAGGAGGUGGUAAGGGUGUGGUUCUGCAAUCGACGGCAAAAAGAGAAGCGAAUCAACUGCCCCGUGGCCACGCCCAUCAAGCCCCCCAUCUACAACUCCCGACUGGUCUCUCCCUCAGGGUCUCUUGGUACCCUCUCCAUCCCUCCUGUCCACAGCACCAUGCCUGGAACAGUAACGUCAUCCUGUUCCCCUGGGAACAACAGCAGGCCUUCGUCUCCUGGCUCGGGACUCCAUGCCAGCAGCCCCACAACAUCUCAAAAUAACUCCAAAGCAGCAAUGAACUCCUCCUCUGGCUUUAACUCCUCGGGACCGUGGUACCGUUGGAAUCAUCCCACCUACCUCCACUGAGACCAAAAACUUCCUCCCUUCCACUUGGCCCCUUGUUCCCAGCAGGACGAAGGGAGUCAUGCCUCCCACGAAUGGACAGACUCCCUGGAGACAGGUGGGAGAGACGGCCACUGCUGAAGAGCAAACCCACGUUCUUGCCUUCUCGGGGAUCCGGAGACUCUGGAGCACCAAACUGUGACCGAAGACCACACUGACGCCUUAGGCUCUUGACAAUCCUGCUGGGAGUUUACUGUGCCCGCCCGCCUUGCCUAUGGCCACCUCCUUGCUCUCAUGUUUUCGAUGGCUUCACUGUGGCUUCAUCUCUCAGAGAAAGGGCAUUGUGCCAUUGUUACUCUUCAGCUCGAGUGUGGGCCUUCUGGGGAAAGCAGUUUGCUCGGUGUGCCAAACUGCAAGAAUGGUAGACCAUGGUUUUGACUCUGCCCUCAGCCGCAAUCCUAAAUAGAUCCCAAAUUCUGUGGAAACAAUGAAAUCUCACGUCUCCACCAAAGCCUUAUUUUGUCUAAGUAGCACAGUUUCCCACGGAAAGCUCUGCUUUUGCCUCGUUUUCUUUUAGCCCUCACUCCCUUUUCUAUAACCAAAUCUGUCCAUUCUUGUGCCCUACAAAGUCCCUUCCUCUCCACAAAUGGCCAGGUUGCUCCAUCCACAGGUACUCUUCUGUUGCCCAUGUCUACCUGAGUUCAAGAACACUUGUCUUUCCUCAACUCCCUGUGUUUUUCCUUGUCCUGCCCCCUCCUUUCUCUUGGCCACAGAAAAUUGUGGAAACUGAGAGAGAGAGAGACAGAGAGAGAGAGAGAGAGACAGAGAGAGAGAGAGAGGGAGAGAUGGACGGACGGACAGACAGACCGACCGACCAACCUGAUACACUGGCCAUACUCUUGUACAUAGUCCUUUCCUGUUCUAUGACCUUUCCUCCCCCGCCCCCACCGGAGCUGAGGACCGA